AUGUUAAUAGAAAAAAAAUUUUGGUUUCUUAAACUAUAUAUAACAUUAAUUAUAUUGAUUUACAAAGUCAAUGGCUACGACGGGGACGACAAUUGCAAUUAUCGAUGUAUUGAUCCCGGUGGAGGAAUUACAGAACGUAAACAUAUAAUGUGUUUACGUGAAAAUAAUUGUGGUAUUAUCGCUGACCGAUGCUCAAACUAUAUAAAAAACAGUUUAGGUUUCGAUAAAAAUGAAAAAGAUCAAAUCUUACAUUUACAUAACGAUCUACGUAAUCAAAUCGCUUUGGGUUUAAAGAAACCUGCAUUACCGGCUUCAUCAAACAUGCGCAAACUAGUAUGGCAUCAAGAAUUGGCGGACGUAACACAAUGCUAUGUAAAUGCAUGUCCACAAAAAUAUAAAUUAAAUGUUUGUCUAGAUUUACAUGGUGCUAAAAUUGGUACAAAUGAAGCCAAUGUACCAUUUAGUAAUCGUAUGGAGAAUUGGGUAUCCACAUGGUUUCGCGAACAAUACAAUUUUAAAAAUAUAUAUUCAAAUUAUUAUGAAACAAGUUUUCCACAAUUAAUUUGGGCUGAAACACAGUAUAUUGGAUGCGGUAAAAUUAUAUAUUUUAGUGGUCCACAUGCAUCGAAAAUGAUUUUUGUUGUCUGUAGUUAUUUACCAGGUGGAAAAAUCAAUGGAUUGCGUAUUUAUAAAAAAGGAAAAGCUACAACAAAUUGUCCAGAUGAUUCUGAACCAGAUUUGGAGUAUAAAGGAUUGUGUGCUGUAAAAUCAAAUAGAAUGGACUUUGACUCUCUUGUCCAGAAACAUAGAAGAGCCUCCAGCGAUCCGCAUGCGGCGAUACGCCUUAAAAGUGUCGAACAUUCUAAUGGGACAAAAAUUAAAUUUAGAAGUGCAACGAGUGGAGCUGAAUAUAGUAAAGCAAGAAUAAAUGGAUUUAUGGUUGCUUUACUAUGUUUACGAAUACUUUAUUUAUAAUAAUUUGAAAUAAUGGCAAAUUGUAUAUAUAUAUUUUUUAAAUAUUUUUCACGCAAAAAAAAGUACGUUGUAAGAGGAGUUAUAUAAAAUGUCUUGAAGAUUUGUAUUAGUUUAAUAAAAUGUGUGCCAUGAA